UAAUUUCUAUUUUUUUAGUAGAGAUAGGGUCUUGCUCUUAUGUGGGCAUAUUUUCAUUUCUUCAUUUCACUAAGAAGUUAAAUUGCUGAAACAUAUGGAAACUGAGUCUAUGCAAAACUUUUCCAAAGUGGCUACACCAAUUUACAUUGUCUCUAGCAACAUGAGGGUUCUGAUUUCUCCAAAUCUUCACCAGGAUUUAUUAUUGUUUAUCAUUUUGGUUAUAGGCAUCCUAGUAGAUGCGAAGCAGUAUCUAAUUAUGGUUUGCAUUUCUCUGAUGCUAUGGUCUAAAAUGUUUGUGCCCCCAACCCCAAAUUCGUAUGUUGAAACCUAAUCACAAAUGAGAUGGUGUGAGGUGGUAGGGCCUUUGAGAGAUGAUUAGGUCAUAAUGGUGGAGACCUCAUGGAUGAGAUUAAUGCCCUUAUGAAAGAGGCUCCAGAAAGCUACCUUGUCCUUUCCACCAUGUGAGGACACUGCAGGAAGGUGCCAUGUGUGGAAUCAGGAAACAGGCCCUCACCAGACACUGAAUCUGCUGGUAUCUUGAUCUUGGAUUUACCAGCCUCCAAAACUAUACUGGCCACACCAUCCUUGCCAGCUGGGCCUGAUUUUGCCCCAGGUCUGGCCGAGAGGCCUCACAUCCGGAGACUGGCACCACCUCUUGCUGUGGCCAGGCCAUGGAGCCCAGGAGCCACCACCUCAGCCUGAGCCUUCUGCUCCUGUUCCUACUCCCUCCAGAGUGCUUGGGAGCCGAGGGCAGGCUGGCUCACAAGCUGUUCCGUGACCUCUUUGCCAACUACACAAGUGCCCUGAGACCUGUGGCAGACACAGACCAGACUCUGAAUGUGACCCUGGAGGUGACGUUGUCCCAGAUCAUCGACAUGGACGAGCGGAACCAGGUACUGACCCUGUACCUGUGGAUCCGGCAGGAGUGGACAGAUGCCUAUCUACGAUGGGAUCCUGAUGCCUACGGUGGCCUGGAUGCCAUCCGCAUCCCCAGCAGUCUUGUGUGGCGGCCAGACAUCGUGCUCUAUAACAAGGCGGACGCGCAGCCGCCGGCCUCGGCCAGCACUAACGUGGUGGUGCGGCACGACGGCGCCGUACGCUGGGACGCGCCGGCCAUCACGCGCAGCUCGUGCCGCGUGGACGUGUCUGCCUUCCCGUUCGACGCGCAGCGCUGCGGCCUGACGUUCGGUUCGUGGACGCACGGCGGGCACCAGCUGGACGUGCGGCCGCGCGGCGCCGCCGCCAGCCUGGCCGACUUCGUGGAGAACGUGGAGUGGCGCGUGCUGGGCAUGCCGGCGCGGCGGCGCGUGCUCACUUACGGCUGCUGCUCCGAGCCCUACCCCGACGUGACCUUCACGCUGCUGCUGCGCCGCCGCGCCGCCGCCUACGUGUGCAACCUGCUGCUGCCCUGCGUGCUCAUCUCGCUGCUCGCGCCGCUCGCCUUCCACCUGCCCGCAGACUCCGGCGAGAAGGUGUCGCUCGGCGUCACCGUGCUGCUGGCGCUCACCGUGUUCCAGCUGCUCCUGGCCGAGAGCAUGCCGCCUGCCGAGAGCGUGCCGCUAAUCGGGAAGUACUACAUGGCCACUAUGACCAUGGUCACGUUCUCCACGGCACUCACCAUCCUAAUCAUGAACCUACAUUACUGUGGUCCCAGUGCCCGCCCAGUGCCAGCUUGGGCUCGGGCCCUCCUGCUGGGACACCUGGCACGGGGCCUGUGUGUGCGGGAAAGAGGGGAGCCCUGUGGGCAGCACAAGCCAUCUGAGUCAUCGCCUAGUCCCCAGCCUCCUGAGGGGGCAGCUGGGCCACAGGCAGGCCCUUGCCAUGAGCCACAGUGUCUGUGCCGCCAGGAAGCCUUACUGCACCAUGUAUCCACCAUUGCCAACACCUUCCGCAGCCACCGGGCUGCCCAGCGCCGCCACGAGGACUGGAAGCGCCUGGCCCGUGUGAUGGACCGUUUCUUCCUGGGCAUCUUCUUCUUCAUGGCCCUGGUCAUGAGCCUCCUGGUGCUGGUGCAAGCCCUGUGAGGGCUGGGGCUGGGUCCAGGGAUCUGCUGCAGCCACGGCACCUCCAGACAGGGAUGGCCAAGGCUAGGUGGUUGGCCUCUCAUAGGCCAGCCAGUCUCUCCCCAUUGCUCCUAAGAGCCUGGGAUACCCUCCCUUCAGGACCAGAGCUACUGACUUCACUAUCCAUGAGGGAGCACUCACUGUCUACGUACCCUAACUAAGGGUAUUACAGAGCCUGCCACUCCCCUAAUUCCAGAGGAGCAACUCUGAAAAGGUCAAGAUCAAAGUACAGUUUUGGCAGGAUGGAUUUAAAUGUCCAUGCUGGGUGUUGGAGCUAUUAGUGGGGAGAGUGUGGAUUAUUAUAUAAGAAACAGAACUAUCUAAUUCUCUAUUUGCCUCCCUCAGUAGCUGCUGUUGUAGUCUUGCCUGUCUCUGCUUAGGGGCUCAGGAAGGGGGAUAGUCUUGGUCUAGUUUCCAGAGCAGGACGCUGUACAGACAUUCAGCCCAAAAGCCCGAGCUCAUAAUAAAGUAAGUGUGUGCCUAGCAGCCUCUCUGUGUACUGUCUUACCCUUGGGCCCCCUGGUGGUGAAAGUUGGGGACCCAGUUCAGUCUCUCUAGAGAGAAGAACCUCAGGACUCGUGGAUUAGAGCAGAAGUUAUAUCUUUGAUGACAAAAAAAAGGAGUGAGGCCGGGUGCGGUCGCUCACACCUGUAAUCCUAGCACUCUGGGAGGCCCAGGCAGGAGGAUCGCUUCAAGGUCAGGAGUUCGA